UAUAGAUACAGUUGUUUUGGGAAAAUAUAAAACACGUAAGAUGAAGUAAAAUUAGAGUAUUUAAGCGAAACCUCUCGUGUACGGACGGACACGCUGAACUUUUGAAUGUAGCCCUCCGCGUGACGUCAUCGACGAGAAACGUUGAAAUCAGUUGGCGGAAAUUUUUGAAAACAGCACAAGACGAAGCCAUCUCAGUCAACAUGAGCCGAAGACCAAGCACCAGAUAUUCCGAGAUGCCUAUGCGUGUGACUGAUGGCAGGAUGAGUAUGGUGAAUGCCACACCACAGAGCAAUAAUGUAUUUGGCAAGCUGAACAUCCCAAAGCCUCAAUCUAGCACAUCAGAGAGGAGGACCAGCUUUUUUGGAAAAGGAGCAGGUCCUGGUGGGCAGAGAAGCAGCAUGUUUGGAACUUAUGGAGGUACAGAGAAGAUGAAGGAUCCCCGACCUCUUCAUGACAAAUCCUUUGUUCAGCAGUGUAUCAAGCAGCUUUGUGAGUUCCUUGGAGAUAAUGGAUUCCCAGCUACAAUCACUGUUAAAUCUCUCCAGUCACCUUCCACAAAAGAGUUUGUAAAGAUCUUUGAGUUUAUCUACAGUUUGUUGGACCCUGCCUUUCAGAUGCCCACAGCCAAAAUUGAAGAGGAAAUCCCUAGGAUGUUGAGAGAUUUAGGGUACCCAUUUCCAUUAUCAAAAAGCUCCAUGUACUCCAUUGGGGCUCCACAUACGUGGCCUCAGGCUCUGGGAGCACUCGUUUGGCUCAUUGACACAGUUAAGCGCUUUACCAGUACGAAAGGUCAGGAUGUGCUGUUUGAGGACUUUUCAGAGGGAUACACUGAGCUGGAGGAUGGAAUGGAGUACAAUAAGCUCUUUUUAGAUUACUGCUGUAAGACCUAUAAUGAGUUCAUGCAAGGAGCAGAUACCUUUGAGGAAGAGGAUGCAGUCUACCUCCAUCAUUUGAAAAGACUGUAUAAUGUGGACGAGGGACUUUUGGAGUCACAACAGGAGAAAUACAGAGUUUUGACGUCUGAGGUGGAAAGACUGGAAAAAGAGAGCCAUACUGAUCGGUUGAUGGGACAGAGGACUGAGAAACUGAAAUUGCAGACUGACCUCCAGAAGCUUCGGAACUUCCGUUCUAACUUGGAGUCUUUUAAAGCUGGCAUAGAGAAUAAGGCUACUGCACUGUCUGAGGAGCUGGAGGCAGCAAACCUUCAGCUUGAGAGUCUGAAGAGGGAGCAGGCUAGGCUGCAGCACAUUCUGGAGAAUCAGAAGUUUACACCAGCUGAUAUAGAACGCAUCAACAGAGAAAGGAACGAACUACAGCAAAAUGUGAACUCUCUAAGCCGCAGUCUUGAGGAGGCCCAGCAGCUGGCUUGGAAUGAGGAGAUCACCCUGGCCAAAACCAAGGAGAGGGCUGAGGUAAAGUUGGCGGAGUACCACAAACUGGCGCGCAUGCUAAAGCUUAUUCCCCAGUCUGCUGAGAAUGCCUGUGGCCAUGACUUUGAGAUCAGAACAGCUAUUGACGAGGGUCCAAUCACUGCCACCCAGAUCAGGACUCAGAUUCAGAAUUAUCUUAAAAGAAUGCUGGUGGAUGUAGAGGAGGAGUUCAGCAAAAUGACUAAUGAGAAGUUGAGCCGGGAUGAGUCAGUUGAACAGAUAAAGUCCAAUAUUUCUGAGAAGCGAACUGACAUAAAGCAGCUAAAGGAGCAGAUUCGCAGACUAGAUGAGCAGAUUGAGCGUGAAAUGCAGGAUAUGGCUCAUGAGGAGGAAAAGUGGGCAGCUGAUGUUGAUUCCGCUGAAGAACACAAGAAGCUUCUAGAAAAGAAAGUCAUGGAUGGACAUGAGGAAGCUGAAGAGCAGCUAAAAGCAGCCCAACAACAGUACCAUCUUGUUCUUCAAGAAACCAAAGAGGAAAGCCGGAUGGUGUCUCACAAUCUGACAAAUAUCUUGGCUGCUGCAGUCAAUCACUUGGAUAUAGUUGAGAAACAAUGUAACGACCAAGUUAAAAAAAUGGACAAGCUGACUGAAUUUAUCUGUGAAGACCAAGCCGAUCUGCAGCAGCUGAAGGACAUAGUUGAAAACUUUGUUGCAAGAGCACACAGUUUUUAAUUAUUAAACAAACAACAAAAAAAACUGUAAAUAAUUUUUAAAAUUGUUAAAGGAAAGUUAUGUUGACCUUGGAAAUUAUUUUUUAAUGUUUAAAUUGUUUUAUGUUUUGUCCUCUGUAAAAAAAAUAAACAUGUUCGUCUAAAUAUUA